AUGGCCGAUUUGGGCAAGCCAUCGGCGACGAUUUCUGGAACAGCAGAUGGAGGGGGCGAGGCGACUCCAGCCUCGCCUACUUCGGGAGGACUCGCGACGGCCCCCAUCUCAUCUUCGAAUGCCGGCGUCUCCAUUGCGCCCGCGCCCUCAUCGGGUGGCUCCACCCCCAGCGCUGGCGAGAGCGCCCCUGACACCGAGGCCGCCGGGGGCGUCGGAGGUAAAAAGAACCACCGCCUCCACCGCGCCGAACGCGAGGCCGACUUCAUUCGCAUGCUGGUGCGGGGCGAUUUUGCGGCCCUGCACGCUCUCUACGAGUCGGUGGACACGGGCAGCGAGGCGACGGUCCUGGUCGACGCCUCCGUCCACUACUUCUACACCAAGGGACCCAACGCGCAAUUGCUGCUCGAGUUGCUAAAAUCCCUGAUCGACAAGGAAGUCGACAGCACCGCAUCGCCGGCGACGCUUUUCCGAAGCAACAGCGCGGCGGCGAAGAUGCUGUCGGCCACGCUGCAGCACGUGGGCACCAAGUACCUCCAGAUGACCCUCCGCCGGAUCGUGCACGAAGUCUGCAUGUCCAACCCACGCAUCGAAAUCGAUCCCCUCAAGCUCAAGCCGGACGACAACUACGACGAGAAUCUCAAGCGGCUGACGAGCUACUGCGAGCUCUUCUUCAACACGAUCACCAAGUCGAUCGAAGACUGCCCCGUGUUCGUGAGGCACGUGUGCGAAUACGUGCAGAUGUCCGCCGUGCGCAAGUUCCCCGAGAGCAAACAGAUCCGUCAGAAUCUCUCCGCCGUUGGCGGCCUGCUGUUCCUGCGAUUCUUCUGCCCUGCGAUCUUCACUCCGCACAAGUUUUCCGUGGUGGAGGCCGCACCUGGUCCCGUCGCCCUGCGUUCCCUGAUUCUCAUCUCCAAGGUCAUGCAGAUGAUGGCCAACGGCCUUCGCUUCAGCGACAAGGCCGAGCAGUACAUGAUCCCCAUGAACGAGUUCAUCGACAAGCACUCGGCCGACCUUCUAAACUUCUUCACCGAAGCCUCGAUGGUGCCGAGCGAGGAGGAGAUUGCGCGACUCGAGCAGAAGCAGCGCCAGGCCUUCCAGGAGCGCGUGCUGAAGGACAUAUCCAACCCGUUGCUGGUCAAGACCAACGACCGCAUCAGCCAGAUGCAGGACUGGAAGAACAACGUUGCCCUCCUCUCUCCGCGACAGGCCAGAGCGCGCGCGGGCACGAUCGAAUCGCGGCCCAUCGCCCACAGCGCUUCUUCGGCCCACUCCGGCCCCGCGCCUUCCGUUCCCGGUUCGUUCCUGCCCUCCGGCCUCGUUGCGCGGUCAGCCCCGGACCUGGUGCGCGAAAUGUCGGACGACGCGGGGGAUACGGUGCGGUCGAACACGUCGCAACAGCUCCAUGUGGCCGACCGCGAGCACUCGCGGGACGACGCGGUGACGUCAGCAGGCAGCCGCGGAGCGACGGACGAUGCAGACCACCCGCCCAAUAAGAGACCGGAGGCCAACGCCGGCGUGCCACCCACGACGGCCGCGGCGCCGGUGGCGGCAGCGCCGCACGGCGGGUCGGGCGAGUCCCACCCGCGCCGGGACGAGCGGGAGCAGCGGGCCGACUGGCUGGACAUCAUCCACUUCUAUCUCCACCGCAACCUUGACAAGAUUCGCGUCCUCAUGCAGGCCCCCGAACUCCACGAGGAUCUGAAGCACCUGGAGAAGGUGCUGUCGGCGUGGACGGUCCCGGAGAUCGAAACGGAGGAGUCAAAGCGCGACAAGGAGCGAAAGGAGCGCGAGCGGAAGGAAAAGCUGAAGGAGAAGGAGCAGCAGGAGAAGCGCGAGCGCGAGCUGAUCGAGCUGCCGGCCAAGGACAGCCCCAAGGAAAAGGACAAGGAGACGGCCCUCGAAAAGGCCACCCGGCGUCUCCUCCACAAGAAGACGAAGAACAAGGGCGAGCUCGAGACCAACCCCGACCUCCUCAAUCUCGAGGAGGGCGAGGACUUUGAGCGGCUGGUGGUUCGACUGAAGCUCGAGAAGGAGAAGGAGGAGGAGCAGCGCAAGCACGUCGAAAAGGAAAAGGAAAACCUCAAGAAGGCCAAGGAAAUGAUCGAGAAGGAGCUCAUCGCGCUGAUCGACGACUCCAAAAAGAUGCGGGUGGAGAUCGCGAAGCUGCAGAAGGACAAGGAGAUGGUGGACUACUGGCGCGGCGAGGCCGAGAAGGAGAAGGCCAAGAGCGUGUCCAUGCUCGAGGAGAAGCACCAGCUGCUGGUCAAGCUCGCCCGACAGAGCGACGACAAGGCCGCGCUCGACGCCGAUCGGGUGCGCUUCGACGCCGAGCGGGAGCAGAUGGCGCGCGAGCGACGCGAGGCCGAGCGACGGGUCCGGGAGCUCGAGGCCGCGCUCAAGAACAUGACCGAGGAGCGCGACGAGCUCAAGGAGACCUACAAGGCCUACGACGCCCGCAUGAAGGCCGAGGAGCGCGAGCGGGCCAAGAAGGUGCGCGAGCGAUUGGCCCACGGCGGCGACGACGAUGACGACAGCAAUGAUGUCGACAAGUACAGACUGGUAGACGACUUCGACACGUCGUCGUCCUCGCACUCGAUCUCGUCGUCGACGUCGAGCGACCGGACCAAGGUCAAAGAGCGAACGCGAAAGAAGAGCGAAGGCGCCGCUGGGGAGGCAGCCCUCGAAGGCGACGACGCCGCCGCUGAGCGGAGGAAAGAAAGAAAGAAGAAGAGGCGCACGGUGCACCUCCUCCGAACGUCCGGCGAACAGGACAAGGGCAGCUCAUCCAGUAUUACGCCGCGGGAGAGUCAAGACAAAGGAGAGAAGGAGAAGAAAGACGACAAGAAGGAGGAGAAAGAGAAGAAGGAGAAGAAGAAGCGGGACAAGGACGACGAGAAGAAGGAGGAGAAGAAGGACAAGGAGAGGCCGGCGGUGGUGGUGGGUGAGACGGCGGCGGCGGCGGCGGCGGAGGUGGAGGAGAUGAGCUCGUCGAUGAGCAGCAAGUCCUCCAAGAACACCAAGACCGCCAAGAAAGAGAAGAAGGAAAAGGAGAAGGAGAAGGAAAAGGAAAAGGAAAAGGAGACCAGCGAAGAAAGCCCGGCCGACAAGGAGGCGGCGAAGGAGGCCGCGAGAGAGAAGAGGCGAUCGAAGCGCACCAACCGCACGUCGGUGAAGAAGACCAAGGAGGACGUCAUGCGCGACCUUAAGAGCGAAGAGGAGGCGCAACAGGCCCAGGAGGACAAGGAAUCCAAAGAAUCCAACAGGGACGACUCGCCUCGCAAGCGCGGCGUCGAGAGGGAAAGAACGAAGGAAGCGAAGGAGACGAAGGAGGGCGUGGUGGUGAUAGCCACGUCAAUAUCGGGGUCGGCUGAGGCGUCGGUGCUGCCACUGGCGACGUCGGCUGUGGUGCUGCGGCAGUCCAACCGAGGCGGCGAGUCGUCGGGCGACGGAAAGAACGAAAAAAACGAAGCCGGCGGGAGAGCCAAGAACGAAGGGUGGGUGCUCAGCGAUGACGAAGACGAUGCGCCGAAGGCGGGGGACGACGCGGCCGGCAUUCGGCCGAGCGAGACCGAAGACGGAGAUGAAGACGACACAGAGCGGACGCGAAAGGUCGGUAAGGUGAAGACCGGAAGCUACGUAGCGCCGCGCAAGAGCACCAACCCUCUGCGCAAGGCCGCGGAAGAGGGCUCUGGUAUCCGGCGCUCGCAAUCCUACGAUGCACUGGGCUACAAGGAGUCCGGCAAACGGUCGGGCGGCAAAGACAUCGAUUUGAAGGAGUUGGGAAAGAAGAUGCGGAAGGGUUUGGAGCUCAAGAGCCACAAGCACAAUCUCAAGCGCUUCGAGAACUGUUUCCGGGGCGUUCAAGCGGUGGAGUGGCUGAUGCAGGGAGCUCAUGUGGAGUCGCGGCCGGAGGCGGUCGAGGUGUGCCGGCGACUCCUCGAGGCGGGCGACCUUUUCGUCAACCUGCCCGGCCUUGAGGCCGAGUUUGCCGACGACGACCGCUCCGUUUAUCAAUUUGUGUAA